AGGGUCGUGGUGGGAUGUGAUUUGCAGCUAGUACAUCAUCUUCUUCGUGGUCAUUCCUUGCAGAGGGGUAUUACUUAUAACACGUCUGAGGUUCAUCUUGCAGCUGUGCCUUAAGUAGCACUCACAUGCGGUCACUUUGCUGCCCGUUGCAGCCGUGUCGUGGUCUUCUUUCUUGGCAAAAAUAUUCCUGAACUUAUCUCAUCAAAAUAAAACACAAUGCCGCUCGCCGACGCCCCCAGGGAGUUUAAAUCUGGCACACUUGUGCUGCGCAACAAGCGAGACGAAAAGAAUGGCAAGGUGGACAACUGGCCGGCGACACACGGUGUGCGCGGGUACGACUUCCUCCAGGUGUACGAUAAAACGCCUUGUGUGGUGAGAAUGGUGGUGAACAAACAGAUAUGCAUUGCAAAAGUAAUGUCGUACUCGUAUAAUAUGUAAAUUGCACCUAUGGCUAUGCAGCAUGACAAAUCGAAAUCUAUUUCCUUUCCUGAAUAUAUAGCAUUUGAAUUUUCUCCUGCUAGUGCGAUACUUUUGCAACGCAUACCAGACGAAGCUUCCACUCGAAGUCGGGCCAUGGCACGAGGGGAAAGGACUAAAAGGACGAUCUACGUCAUUGAAGGACAAUAUAUUUAAAGAAUGGGGAAGAUACAUAAAGAAUGGUGUAGGGUUGACAAAUGGGAAAUGGUCAUUGGAUCAACCUUCCACACUAUUCCGAAUGCGCAAAGAGACGCAACGGUACGUCCGAGAGAAGUUUCCACACCCGUUCCGGUUAUCCUGUGCAAAAGUAUCGCAUUCGUAUAAAUGCAAGUCUUGCAUUACAAAUUUUUUUCUCAAGGUAAAUCUGCAUUACAAAUUUCAAUUCUCAUGCUGAGGGAAUUUGUCAUGCAUUUAUACGUCGAUCGCAAGAGAACUACGUGAAUCGUAUGGAAAGUUAAAGAGCGUAAAAGUUAAAAAGUUAUGUUGUAGUUCUUGUCGUAGCGUCUUUUCGUAUCUCUCAGUUCUCACUUCGGUCUACGUUGCAGAAUCUAUCAUAAAAAUUGGCUCGGUAAAAGAUGUACGUGAAACCAAAAUGGAAAAGAAAGCAAAUUUCAAUUGAGCAAACAUGUUGAAAUCGGUUCGUAUCGUGUGCUCGUAGUCCGGAAAGGUAGUUCGUCUCGUCUCUUAGGAAUUUUUUACUUAUUCACACCUCUGCCAGGUGUCAGCCCUGUGCCUACCAAAUGGUAGGGGGAGGGCUGUUCUGUUUUUUGCGCUUUUUUGGGCAUCAUCUGUUGAAGUCUGCGAUGGGAGUUUCCGCGGGUUUAGGUGAGCUAGCACCCACGGAGCUUUACCCGCUGGACCAGGAUUCUCCCAUGCGAGCACCUUCUUCGUUCCUCCAGGCUUUUCUCGGCGUCCUUGGUCGGACGCCCCUGUUCUUGGUUGAAGUUGGACCCCGUGUGGCGGUAGCAGCUUCUUCUUUGCCCUGCCUUAGUAGCUCGAGCCUCGUUGCACUUCGUAAACUCUGCUCUUCGUAAAAGUGAAGUCGUCUGGUGCUUUGUUGUCUUACCUUAGUACGGUAACCCCUUUCCCCGCCUGUGUAAGAAGCAUUAGCUUCCCAUGUCCCCUUGCGUUUCUCGGCUAAACAGUUAUUCGGUUAUUCUUCUUCUAAUGUUUACUUCAGUUGCUUUUCAUUUAUCAGCUUUAGUAGGGCAUGAUGCCAAAAGGGACGGACUGCCCUUAGAGCUCCCAUGUCAUGAAGAGUGCGCUAUUGCUGUGGUGGCAGUAAUUAAGCGGCUCUACAUUCUUCCUUUCAAAAAAUCACAGGGAUUAAGUGAAAGCAUUUCGUUCGUCGUACCCAAAGUCUCUCGACCUGUCGUACCGUUACACGUUUAAAGUUGCGUCAUUUUUAGUACCGUGAAAAUCGUAGACCGUGACAAAGGGCAACUAAAGAAUUAUAUCUAAAAAGGACCACUGCGAACAAAGCGUUAAAGGGUAAAUUGCAUUUGCCGGGUCGUACAAGCACCGACGGGUCGUAUACACACCGGGUCAAAACGGGUGGUAUGUAAGCCGAAUGAGACGUGGAUUUGGAACAACAUCUACCGCCUACGACCAUACCAAGAGCAGUUUUUUCCACGACAAGUAUCAUCACGCCACAAAUGACAUCUACGGAACCACAUGUGACUGCUGCGGCACAGCAUCAUUUCGACGCACCGAACCAAGCACAGGACGAUAUUUCUAACCCCUUACCGAUCCUACCUUCACCACCACCUGCACCUUAUCUACAUCGGGAAAGCCCGCGCUGUCUCCCUCUCACAACACAGGAGCAACCUCGGUCGACUAGGCAGUGCUCCGGAGUCCGGGCCUCAGUUUCAAAUAACGGAUUGAGAUCUUCCUGGGCACCGCUUGAUUCUCUUCGCACGGAUUGGAAAAAAGGUUCUUGCCAAGAUGGCGAUGGACAGGUAACAACACCUCGUCCACAACCUGCGACACGCCUACCGAUUCGCUUCUUGUCAUCGGAUUCACAAGUGGAUCGUUGCAGCUGGAGUACAGGAAAGGAGUAUUGGGCGUUCGGUUGGGGUACUCUCCGCUGGCAUUACGACUUCUACCGCGGGACGUGGCGGUACGAAGACUCGAUUGAUCGGGCUAACCACGAGCUACACUACUGGGAGGAUGCGGGCUUUGUGGUCGAAAACGGAGAAAUUCGGCCACGCUCGUAGUUCUACGUUUUACAAACUCUAGCUGGUUUACAGCUCAAAAUUAGAUAGAAGUGCGCUAACACUGGGCUUUAAAAUGGUUUCAUCCGACAUGCGACCCCAGCCUGACACUCAGCGCCAAAACCAGAUUACGUCUAGCCCGAAUGCUGCAGACUUCCCAGAGGUUAUUAGCAUUACACCUUCGUCCUCCGCAUUACAGCUUCUGAAAAAACCAUCCAGACCGCUGCUGCCAAACCCUCCUCGCGAAAACUUCCUCCACGCCGUGAGCAACUCGAUAGUAGCUGUAGCGGAAUACUGUGAUGUGCAACAAUUGUACACGAGCGACAUCUUCGCCAUUAAAACUGAGUACAAGAGCGAAGAGCUGCCGGUGGCCUGGAUGGCGGAUUUCACGAUACCGCUUCAGAUGAAGUAUGCGUCAUUCAAAAAACACGUCCUCGACCCGAAUGCUUGGUGCUCUGAUCGCCUUAGGCCCGACGUUUUUACUCUCGACAGAGAGCACAUGCUCCAGUGCUGUCGAGCGGCCAAGGGAAACCCGUGCAGCCUUUGCUCGUCGGCCUCCCCUGAUCGUUUUCUACAAGUAAACGGCAAGCUACUAGAAGUCCGGGCAAGAGAACAAAGGUCGUGUGACGAGGCCGGUAACACUAGCCUCAUCUACCUGCGCCGGUGCAGUUGCGGGUUGACGUACGUAGGUAAGGCCCAUACGGGUGCGGGGGCCGGAACGCGCUUCCACGCACACGCCAAUAACGGUGAACGGGUAACGCUGGAAUCCGAGGGUCGCCCGAUGUACGAUCAUCAGAGGUUGUACUUGAGCCAUGCGGUUACCACGGACAUCAGUCGGAGAGGCCCGGGGCGGUGAAGUCGACUAAAUAUUUUCUAUAUUUUGCGGGAUUUUUGAAAAAUGAAAAGAACGGGGAGUGCGGCGCUGCCUGCGGCGCCACGGUUGGCAGGGACGCCAUGUGUCCGGGCACCGCGGGGGUUUGGGCGCAUUGCCUCCCGUCCGUGUGCCCGGCGGCAGUGUUUCCCCCCUGGUGUUCUCGCGUUGCCUUGCGAAAAAAUUAAAAUUUAAAAAUUGGCAGCGUUUUGAGUGGUAUUGCGUGUGCUAGGAGUUUCCCAAUCCCGCAGCCUCGUGGGUUCCUCUGUGUUCAUUUCCGAUCGCACACACCGGGGAAGGUGUGCGUGGUGGGUUGUCCGUAUUCUGCCUCCCGGGCGUGAGGUUGUUUCCAACAUCGCGCUGACUUUCGUGAGUCAGUGCGAUUUUGGGAAGGGAUUGGGAUAUGUUUGAGUUGUCCGUCGGAAGGAAAGGUCGUGGGGCUUCGCGACCGACCUUCGGCAAGAUCCGCGGUCGGGGUCGCGCAACGACCUUUCCUGCGGGAAAACCACCUUCCGGACCAACUCCGUUUUGAUUUAGAGUCACCGGGGGGUGCAUUUUCGGGAACGAUUCCCGUGUUUUCGGGAAUUUCGCCCGGUUUCGGGGUGGUCUGCUAAACCGUUUUCCCGCACGGUUUAGCAGGCUCAUUUAGCAUGCUGAUUUAGCAUGCGAUUUAGCAUGCUGAUUUAGCAUGCCAGAUAGAGGGGUAUUUAGAGCCCCCAUUUAGCACCCCCAUUUAGCACCCCCAUUUAGAGGGGUGCAUUUAGAGCCCCCAUUUAGCACCCCCAUUUAGAAGGGCUCGAUUUAGAGCCCCCAUUUAGCACCCCCAUUUAGAAGGGGUCGAUUUAGAGCCCCCAUUUAGCACCCCCAUUUAGAGUGCCAUUUAGAGCGCUUUUGGGCAGGUGCCCACCUCGUCUGCGAAAUCGGCCCCAUGAUUUGCUUCUCCCCACCCCGCGACGCUUCUCCGGGUUUUUCCCCACCCGCAGUGCGUAGGGGGCCGCGCCGGAGUUUCUCCUAUGUCUUCUCUUCCUCGGUCCCACACCAUUUGCCUCUGUGUUCCCCAUUUCGUCUUUGCCUUUUUCCUUCUCGCCCCUUUUCAAUUGAGGCGCCGUCCGCAUAUUCCCCGGGAAGGCCGUUUUUGAAAAAUCCCGCAAAAUUUAGAAGCGAUUUAGCAGCCACCACCGCCCCGGCCCCUCCGCCUGACGGACAUCUUGUUCAGCAUGGACAAAGUGGAAGCAAACCGCACGGCUACGCUUCCAGACGGCUCCACGAUGUCACAAAUAGAUGCGUGGGAGUCGUUUUGGAUAAUCGUACUCCGGACGUAUCUACCAUGGGGUUUCAACUUAGAAUUCAAGGACGUCACACAUCCUUCGGCCCCUCGACGCCGCCCGAACCCCGAAGACUGCUCCAGCAUGUGCCGACUUCUCUCCGAACAAGGGGACGUACUAAAAGUGCAGCGGCUACAACGUAACCUCAAGCGCUACGUGGCAGCGAAGCACGCGGGCAACCCAAACUUCUUCCCGACUGCUUUUCCUCCUUCCCGACACGGUGCAGUUGGUUCCGACCAGCAUGACACCCACCAGAAGCGGUCACAGAGCGGACUCCUCGCGGACGCAUCGGGAAUCCAGUGCACACAAGAUGUAGAAUGCACACUCCCCGGCGUGCAGUGCACGCAAGAUGAGGGAUUCCUACGCCCGAGCAUACCGUGCCCGCAAGAGGAAGGGAUUCUUUGUACGCAAGAGCGCGACGAUCUGCUACCGGUUAGCUCCCAUCCGUUGAAAACUGAUGGCCAGUUGGUGGAGUUCUUUGUCGGCAAACGCAAAGCACAGCGUGUAGUUUUGGAGGCCCCGGAUCUGAAGCGUCGCAGUAUAGUUCCUGCGGCCCAUCCUCCUCGUUUAAGACCUUGCAGAUUGUCUGACCGGCCUCGAUUAGUAGAACUUCCAGCUACAGCGAAGACUCCGUUGCUACCAGUAGACCCGGCAGUAACUCCAUCCCGCAAGAGCAGCAUGGUUCAAGAACUUUUUCGCAAAAAGUUCAGUAUGGUACGGGGAAGCGAAGAUCGGAAAGCGGCGCAAAGCAUGAUUUUCACCCCGAUGGCAAAAGAGUCUCCCCGCCCAGACCAGUCUAGCGCUCUAGCGGUCGCUUCUUCCACUAACCUCCUUCGCAAGCACCCAGACGAGGCAUACACCACGAAACUUCCCAGCAACAGCUCCGAAGUUAAGAAGAUACUUCUUGCAAUAGUCUGGCUAUUUUUUGCACUGGACCCCCCGCAGGACUUCGCGUCAUCAGGACGGUGGCUGCCGGUGAAGUCGUGGCAUAUCGGGGCUGCCAAGUUCAAUACAAUCUCUUGGCUCCUGAAGAUUAUUGCGGGCUGCAGCAAACAACUUCUCCGAGCGCUACGCCUCCACCUAACGACGGCUUACGUGCUUCCGCAGCAGCAGUUGUUUUUGCUUCAGGAAUUAGUAGAAAGCCGAUUACGACUUACGAAAGUCGGUGGGGAAAAACAGUCGCGGGACGGUAAAAAAGCUGUUAUAUUCUUCUACCACAACAAAGUCGUCGACGUGCUCAACUUGCGGUCCACCUUCCGCCAGGUGUUGAAUGAUAGAUUCCUCGCAUUUACAUACGGACCGCCCGUAUGUUUAACUACAUUCAACCUCCGACUCAAGGCCAUCCCUCAUGCAUGCAGCGAGCUGAAGUGCGCGUGUGCGGAUUAUCGCCGCUACUUCACAGACGGCUGUACAUGGGGAGGGCAUCUUGCCAUGCCAGCGACGGCAGACAACAUACAGCUGCUGUGUGGACCGACCCUGGACUCUGUAGCGUCAUCCAAGGUCGCGCUAUUAAUGAGACCAAAAUUCCGGGUGGAGCAAAAGUUUUCGGCCACUAAACUGCUUGAACGCGUCAACAUCGAAGAGCAAGAGUUGAUUCAAGAUGUAAGACACUUCUUCUGGUACAACACGGUGCCAGAUGGUGCAGACAAGCAGGAAGAAGUGGACUGGAACACCGCUGACGGUUCUGCCGCUCCCGUUCCCGUCCCGGAUGCUAAUGGUAACGUGUACGACCGUGCUGCUAGCAACACUUUUGAGUGGGGCAAGUUCUCUACGGCAUUCGAGAUCGUUCGCAGUUUGCAACAGCUUUUUGUGUUCGGGUACUACGAUAAGGCGACAUCAACUACCUGGAUGAUGUGUAAAAGCCUUUACACGGCAUUACUGAUGGAGGAUUUGGGGUUAGCCGGCCGCGGGUCUUUCCCAACAGGCACCAGCACGGACUACCACCGGGCGGAUUUCGUGCCGGCACCUACGGCACCCUACCAGGAUCCGGCCUUGACCCAAGCUAAUCCGAUCCUACCUGCGCCCGCUCCUCCAUCGGCGUUAUCCCCGGGUAACACACCACCCCGAGAUGCACUGCCAAGCGCUCACUUGAUACCAGCUUCCCAGCCUAGUCAUGACCGGGGGCAGAACAUCCUCCUGGACCCGCCCCGCGGCCUAUUCCAUGGCACUAGCACCGCGGCACCCUCCCGCUCGCGAGUUUCUGGCACGCAGUUACAGAAGCCGACCAUCAAGCCACCGAGAAGUGGAGCGUCAGUAGUGGUGAGUAAUUUUCGUAGUGCCGAUUGUCCGUCUUCGCGGCAGCCUCGCGCGGGUAGUUCUGAAGUAGUGUCGCCUCCGAUACUCGAUGUCGUUCCGCCCACCUUCUUAUCCCCGCAAGCGGCGCCCGGUAACAGCAGUUCCUCGUCCUCUUACGAACCCCAAGCUAAUAGGGGCCUGUAUCUAAAACGGAACAAGUACGGGUUGCCGGCAUCAUCUUCAGAUAAAAUCGAAGCACUAGACAGGGAUCUAAUAGACGAAACGAAAAAGGAACUACAUGGCGUGCGGAACCUGAUGCAGUUCGUGCUCCGGAAAAGCGAGAAGCUCUUGCAACUGGGUAAAGUAAAGUCAACGGACCAGCCCCACGUUUUGUUGCAGGCGAAAAUCAAGCUACAUGCGGAGAUAGAUGCGGCCAUCGAGAUGGCACAAGACGAAAUGGAAAAAAGCAGGAAGCACACCAAAUUACAACAGCAACUAGAACGUGCUGAAGCGGACCGGAAAGCAGUGCAGGCAGAGUUAAAGCAGUGUCUUCCGAAGUCCUCCGUACCGGUGGCGGCCUCGGUUAACACCCACCAUGUCCGCCCGUUUCCCUCGGCACUGUCGGGCCGGCGGCAGUCGUUGCUGUGGAAACUCAGCACGCACGCCGGAUGGAGAGUCAUCUCCAGAAGCCUUUUAAAAGGAGUAAAAGGAGUGGGCUGUGCUCUAGAUAUGCAGCGCGCGGCUAAUAGCGGUCUCGAAAAAUUAGCUGUGUUCGACUUGCGGGCGGGGAUUACACCUGGCAUCACCUUGAAGGCGCUGGACUCGGUCCCGCAAGCCGGCAGCAUCGUGGCCUUCCAGCAUCAGAAACUGUAUACGUCCACGGCGAUUUUGUCCAAGGCCCCAAUCCUACAGAUGCAGGCUGGUCCAGAGAAAUCACAGUGGUUGUCCCCGAUCUUCGUUUUGUCCAAUGCCGCCGUGCAGAUACUUUUCCGGGACGAAACGAAGAGGAACUUCUUACAAUGGACCGCCGAAUCAAUUAACUUGGGUCCGUUCUCUGCCAAGUUAAAAGAGAACCCGCUGCCGGUCACAGUCCUCGAUGCCUGGGUCAGCCGACAUGAAGUCGCGGAGUUACUGCAAAUGGGGAUGAACCCGCACAACGACCUAAAUCCGCCCGCAAACAAAAUGUCUAGUUUGCUGCUGGAUGUGGACCCCCUUACUGCCUUCGAGAUGUGGCUGGACGACGACACGGAGCAGGGCGAAAACCCACCGCCGGGGGACCUACUCGGGGCAGUUCCCGAUCCGAACAGCAACUCCAGUCCAGAUGUUCUCCAGCCGGGUCCACUGUUCGAGACGGCGGUCAACCUGCUGGACGUAGCGGCAGGGGUUGCAGAGGAGCCAGAAGAUAUGGAUUUUCAACCGGAGCAGCAACUUUUGAAUAGUAUGGAAGUCGCAUCACAGCAUGACUCUUCCUCACGAAAUUUACCUAGCACUAUUUUGGCAGCCGACGGCAAGAUCAACAUGGGGCGCUGGGUCGAAGGCCAACAUGCUGCACUAAACAUACCGUCGGGCUCUGCCGUGUCAGCCCGAUCUGCCCGACCACCAGGUCCCCGCACUCCGUCACCUCGCUCAAGUACGUCUUCAUCAAGUUCCGACACUAGCUCCAGCUCGUCUUCAACGCCGUUGUUGUCGGACUCGGAGUCGGACUGGUCACAGCAACCGCCACCGGUGGUUUCUGAUCUGGCCAACUUAGCUACGCAGAUUCCAAACUUAAACUCGAAAGGAAAUUGGAUUCAACAGGGGGUAGACCAUCGGGGUUGUAAAGUUCGACCGUUGCUACCAAUUUGGCAGGCACGGCGCAAUUUUUCGUUUUUAAAGUCCGAGUUUCCACCUGCUGAUCAGUCGCUGCACGAAGUGUACAGGCCGACAACAGCGGGGCAGAUUGAUGAAAUUGUCGAGCAGCUUAGCAGCUUCGCCCCGGCUCUGCAUGCCCGGGUCAAGCAGAAACAAGCUUCAGCUCACCCGGCGUACUAUGCAGUCAUCAAGGGCCACAAGGCUCCGGCCUACAAGAUGCGACUCAUCGCAGCAGCUACGGACAAAACGGUCUUGCACGCUCCUGGUAAAGUCUUACACUUGAUUCUAUCGGCCGUGAUGCAAGAAUUCAAAUCCCGGGUGUGGCCGGGAGCUUGGAGCGUCGAGAGUUCAGAAGAGGCGCUGUCCCGGGUUACCAAGGGCGGUUUCGCAGCUUUUGACGGUUAUGAUUUUGAAAGGUUGUACACGGGCCUCGAACACUCCUUCCUGUGCCACAACCUCCAUCAGCUCAAUUGCUGCGUCUUCCAGGCCGGGGGCUUCCAAUCUGUUGUCUUGGGGUACGACCGGAACCGCAAAGGCCCGAAUAAAGAAUUUGCUUUUCUUUCACGAGACGCUCCUACGUCCUCUUCUUGGUCUCUGUCCGAUAUCGAUUCCUUGGUCCGUUGGUGCUGUGCCAGUUGUUACAUCGGCAUCGCUGACUUGCUAUUUUUGCAAGUCCGGGGGAUGCCAAUGGGCAUUACCCCGGCCCCGCGGAUGGCGGAUGGCGGGUUGUCUUGGAGUGAAUACGUCUUUAUCACUUCUCCGGCGGGACAACAGUACCGGUUUUUGCAAAUCCUUCGUUACCUCGACGAUUUGCUGUCUCCUAUCAGGCUGCCACUCCACCUGAUUUAUCCCAGAGCGUUAGCGUGCAAGCCUGAAACCCUCGGCACCGUCACGACAACCUUCUUGGACUUUUUCCUCGACGCUUCCAUUCCAAAACGGUUGUUGUACUGUAUGUACGACAAAACGAGAACUUUUCCUUUUUAUUUGUCUAAGUUUUCCGCUGCUGCCAGUGCGGUGCACCCCGAAACGCACCAAUCGGCUUUUAGUAGUGCGGUCAUCAGGGCUUAUAAAAGGAACUAUCUAGUGGUUCACUUCCUGCGGGAUGUUGUCGAACUUCUAGUUAGGUUCACGUUGAACGGCACUUACCAAAGGUCGUUCCCGGUCAAGGCGUGCCGGCUGCUGGUGUCCCGCCACGAAAUUCCAAAGUGGUUCACCACCGAAAAACUGGUGUCCACCAUGGGGGAUUGGAUGAAGCAGAUGCAGACUGAAACUCAGGCGAUUCUGCACCCGUCUUGGCAACAGUUUCGGCAGAACAGUUCCGGUCCGGUUGCUCCGGCGACAGUCAGGUAAACAGUAAUAAACAAGUAAUCAGGACAAGGUCGAGCUUUUCCCUCUUUCGAAGAUUGAAGCACGCUUUCGAAGAUUAACGCACGGUUGCAGAUAGUGAACAAAACUCGCGAUCUUAUCCUUCGGGGAAGACAGGGUCUGAAGAAGCUCGAUAAGGGUGAAAGUUGGUUUAAAGUAAAGCUUAAAGUUCAAACUACAAAGCACAAACUUGAGCUUCUACCUCCUGUAGAGUAGGCACCAGUCUAGACUAAGUAAAGUUAGCACAGAACUCGAGUAGUUCACAGUGCCAAAGGUAAAGUGUGUCUUUUGUUGACUUCCUGUUUUGUUGAUGACUAUCCUCGUUUUUACUUCCCAAUAUUAAAGUAGAUAAAGUAAAAUCUUAGUAAGCAGGACAGCGUCAAACUUCUUCACAAUUUUUACUGGUAGAGCCGGGAAAGGAUUUGGAGGUAGGCGCCCUGCUACCAACAGGCAGCAGGUCAAAAACAAAAAAAUAUUCCGAUAGCGAAAGACGCCACGGGAAACCUCAGGUAAUCCAUCCGUCGUAGAUGCAAUGCAGUGCUCCCGAUCGUCCCCAUCCUUGUUGUAUUUUGUGUACGAGUCUUGGUAAACACGAAUGUCACGUCCAAAUAGUUCAAAUUAAACUUGUUUUCACCGUAUAAUUAUACCUUAUUACAGAAGCCAAAGAGUAAGCCAUACACUUUCGUUAUUAUUUUUUCCUUUACACAAGCAGCUAAACACACUUUUUCAGGUUCGUUUAACUGUCCGUCCGCGAGGCCAAAGCCGCAUUUUCAAGCAAUUAACAUUUACGAAAUCACUAGUUUUAUCUCCGUCUAGUUACUUCUUUUCCAGCUUUUGACGCCUACACAUUCAUAAUUAACUUUUUUGCGUUACGCUGAAGACAUAAAGUUCACUGUGCCUCUCGUGAAGUUGGCGACAAACAACUAAUAGCUUAACACUGUACAUAUUUGACUAUAGAACCAGGAGGAGCGUCGUUGAAGAAAACAAUACAAAGCACGCUGGUCACCAUUAAAGUUCUUGCCAAGGAACUAGUGUUGUCGAGGUCAAUGCCGUAGAGUAUCGAAAUUCGCAGAGGAUGGGCCGUGGCACGAAAGGGAAAUAAUCGCUAGUAGUCAGGAUGUCGGUGGGUCGUGUAAACUGAUCUAUCUUCGUCUAUGAUUAUUAUUAUUGACAACCUAGCCUUCAAAUAAAGAACAACGGGUACUAAAUUACAUCCACCGCUACGCUGUAGUAGAUAAAAGCUAUGGCUAGGCACCUUUUUACACAAGGUCGAUACCGCGCGAAAGUAUUAAGGUUUUCGGACUAAGAGAUCUAGACUGGGCAGUAGCAGAAGAGCGUUAUUUUUUAAGGACUAAUUGCCAAAAGUUGUUUUUACACGGUCCCGUCGCCGUCUCGAGUAUCGGGCAUUUCGGAAGAUUACGUGGCGUGGCAAUCACCGCCUCCCCACAGACACCGCAGACCGGCCCCGCUGUUAGCCGAGCUUGGACCGGAUCCGACGCUACUUCGAGCCCUACGUUUCCCAGAACAGUUACCCGGCAGAAUCUCGCUCGACACAGCCUACACUCACGACAUCCCACUUCCCUUCCACUCGCACGAAUCCGGCCACGGGUGGUUCUCCGAAAGUAAUUUUUACGGUAAACACCUGUUUUCAACCCCUCCGGAGGUACGUAUCCGUAGGGAAGUUUUACGACAAGAACAGGCGAGGGUGGGGGCGUUUAACAAAGGACUAGCAUCUCCGGACUGGUCAAUCAGCUCCCCGUACCGAGAUUACCAAAGCGGGGUGAAACCAGUACAAGCGCGUGCAGUUCGAUUGACUACGGGUACUUCUAACCCGUUUUUACCGUCGUCACCAGAGAGGUUGCUAGUCCGCAGGGGUUGGUCAACCAUCCAGAUAGAAAAGGAGUGCUUCGGGUCCCCGUGCGCAUUACGGGCAACGUCCUCGAAACAAAGAAGAUAACCGCGCAUCAUCACUUUCUCAACACGAUGGCACUUGCCCAUAAUAACGGGUCCAUCUUCGCAUUCAACCUGCAAGAGUGCCGGAGGAUGCUAGCAGUGACGAACAACGCAGCUCCUGACACGCCUAGGCCACCGGUGCAGCUGCAGCCAGAUUCAGCUUGCUCCUACCAAUCCGCAAGAGAGUCACGGAUCAGCAGCGAACGGUCGUUCGGAGAAAAUGUCUGCGUGGUGUUGGAUUUUGAUAGGGACUUUCCUGUGCCGAACUACAACAAUCCCGUGCGGUUCAUCCCCAACAACCCGUUUGCUUGGGAGGGCCUUGCGGGUGCCCGCAUGGACGAGGGAGUGGCGGAGCAGGAUAUAGUUUUACAAACGGCCCGCUCCCCGUUCUCCGAUAUCGAGCUGCUGGAUUUUCCACCAAGUCCGCCAUUUGGUCACAGCCCUUGCAGAUACUUCGCCUACCUGCAACAGUUCCAAGAGGACAUGGACAACUUGCGGGCAGAACCAGAACCAGAACCGUGCAACCCCUUCCUGAUGUCGCCCAGAUCGCCGCUGCUUACAAAUCCGUCGAUCUUCCAAAUCGAGCAGAUCGAGCUCGAUACUACUGGAUCGUUGCCGUAUACCCGCUACCCGAACCCCAGCCCCGAGAGCCUGAGCACAUACGGCCUGUAUGAUCUCGACCUCCCUGUCCAUCACCAGUUGGGCUCACCGCACCAGGCAACGCUGCAAAUCAACUUUUCACAGGAUUGCCAGCAGUUCCUGCAGUUCCAUGACAACUUGGACACCAACAACAUUUUACGCCAAAACCGUAUGCACUUGACGUUCUUGCAGGGUGACAAUGCAGGCACGAACCCGAAUCGCAUUAGGGGGGACAACCAGGGGGAAAACCAGAGACGCACUUUCUCCCCAUCCCCAACCCCAUCGGAACUCUCACUGAUGGCGGCCGGGCGCCUGUAAGGAAGAAUAAAUUACACGGAUGCCCUUAUACCGGCUUUCCUCCACAAGCACCGGCGCGACACGACAUCUUAACCGAAAGCGGCUCCAUCUGCUACAUCAACGCCUACACUUGAACUACUUCAUCAUCUACUUGUUACCAUCAGUUUACAGCAAACGAACUACCACGGUAUCAACCAGCAGUACAACGACACGCAUAUUCCGAUACGACAUCCAGAACGACUUCAAGUAGCAUUUCUAAAACGACUUCGACCGACGAACCAAACACGACCAUCAUGAUCAACAGCGGCAUCUAAUAGCAUCUUCACUUUCUUCUGGUUUUCUUUUUUCAUUUUUCAUUCUGAAUCUGUAUUGGCAAUGGUAACUGCAUAUCUGACAUCAGAACUGACAACGAUAAAUGCACAGUAUAAUGCGUACUUUCUAUGUAUACUAAGGUCUUGGAUAUUACUGCCCAGAAUGAAAAAAGAACAAAGAAAGUGAUAUUAGUUUCUUGGUUUUGUUCGCAGUCCUAUCUAUGUGGUCCUUCAUUGCAUGAGAGUUAACAUGCUUUGAAAUAACAAUAAAAAGCCCUCCAGGUUGAAGAGAACUACGUGAAUCGUAUGGAAAGUUAAAGAGCGUAAAAGUUAAAAAGUUAUGUUGUAGUUCUUGUCGUAGCGUCUUUUCGUAUCUCUCAGUUCUCACUUCGGUCUACGUUGCAGAAUCUAUCAUAAAAAUUGGCUCGGUAAAAGAUGUACGUGAAACCAAAAUGGAAAAGAAAGCAAAUUUCAAUUGAGCAAACAUGUUGAAAUCGGUUCGUGUCGUGUGCUCGUAGUCCGGAAAGGUAGUUCGUCUCGUCUCUUAGGAAUUUUUUACUUAUUCACACCUCUGCCAGGUGUCAGCCCUGUGCCUACCAAAUGGUAGGGGGAGGGCUGUUCUGUUUUUUGCGCUUUUUUGGGCAUCAUCUGUUGAAGUCUGCGAUGGGAGUUUCCGCGGGUUUAGGUGAGCUAGCACCCACGGAGCUUUACCCGCUGGACCAGGAUUCUCCCAUGCGAGCACCUUCUUCGUUCCUCCAGGCUUUUCUCGGCGUCCUUGGUCGGACGCCCCUGUUCUUGGUUGAAGUUGGACCCCGUGUGGCGGUAGCAGCUUCUUCUUUGCCCUGCCUUAGUAGCUCGAGCCUCGUUGCACUUCGUAAACUCUGCUCUUCGUAAAAGUGAAGUCGUCUGGUGCUUUGUUGUCUUACCUUAGUACGGUAACCCCUUUCCCCGCCUGUGUAAGAAGCAUUAGCUUCCCAUGUCCCCUUGCGUUUCUCGGCUAAACAGUUAUUCGGUUAUUCUUCUUCUAAUGUUUACUUCAGUUGCUUUUCAUUUAUCAGUUUUAGUAGGGCAUGAUGCCAAAAGGGACGGACUGCCCUUAGAACUCCCAUGUCAUGCAUUUAUACGAGUGCGGUACUUUUGCAGUUCAUACCGGUACCCGUUCCACGACAUCACCCAGGAUGAAAACUAUCUGAAGGAGCAGCUCCGCGGCCAGGACCAGGACUGUUUCUACAGGCUGGGAUACCACCUCCAGUACCAGUACGUGGUUUCGGCUGCGGAGGACCCGGAGCAAAACCUUGUGCAACGGUGGAGCGACUACCACGAAGUAGAUGGGGGGUUUGGCCCGGGCGAGAUGGUCCAGGUUCGAGAUUUCGACAUGUUCAGGUGGGCAUUCGGGACGCGGUCCGGAUGGGUAUAACAAAUGAAAAUAAAUAUAGGACGCUCCAUCACAGCCUCUGUUCAAGUAGAACAUCAAAGCAAGGGCAAGAACUUCUGACUCUUGUUAAUUGAGAUUGAAAGUAAAAUUAUCCAAAAACACUUGCCUUCUUGUCCAUCUUCAUCCUUGCUUCUUCGGGUUCUAGGCUACUACAUUUUUCUGAUCUUCAUGAUGAUGAUUUGUACCAAAAUUUACAACCAAAAAAGCUGUCGGACAGCGAGUACCAAAUCGUGGAAUUGUAUGAAAACGCCGAACGCUAUCACAAUCGUGUGUCAUAGCGAUCGCAUUCCGAAUAGACUGAGAUGAGAAAGCGUCCCCUUGAAUGUGGUCAGUUUUAUUUCAUGCCUGCAUGAAGAACAUGAAGAUCAACACAUUACUUGUGUGCCUCGGUGUGACGCGUUGAGCAAAAACUUGUACCGCAGAAGAUUGCUGCACUUCUACUUAUAGCCGUGUCUUUAUGUUUGUGAAUGUGAUGCAAAGUUGCGCCGCAAUGUGAAUAAACUAACAGUGGUAGCGUCUAUUGUCGUUGCGAUAAAGUGGCUAUUCAAGUGUGGUGCUCCGAGAAGCGCGAUUGGAUUCCCUGCGGCCGCGACUACAUCCGUCAUGACUCCGACUUGUGCGCCGACGGUAGUAUUCUCGACUGGGUCACAAAAAAUCCGAAGAUGAACGAAAAAACAAAAAGCCAAAACAGCAGUACGUCAGCAUCUUCAUCCUCAUCUUUUUCUACAACUGCUUCAAGAAGUGCUGGUGCUUCAGUUCUUCACAACAAGAACUCUUCUGGUCCACCUCCUGCUCGUCCUCACGGUUCACAGGAGGCCGCAGUUGUAGAACCUGCUUCCAGUUCAAGUUCUUCUACUUCUUCCUUUUCGACAUCUUCUCCGUCGCAGAAGGAGCUGAUGAGGAAGCUGAUGAGGUCGCUGUACGAAAGCCCGCGACUGGUCACGAAACUCGAGGAAAAGUUUGAGAAGCUGAAGGCUGCUGAGGCGGCCGGAGGGGGGCAGGAGCAACAUUUGUACAAGGGCUGGUCUGUCCGCCUGAUGGACCACGUGAUCAAGCAGUACAAAAAAGAGAAGCCGCGGGACUACCAAAUGGCGACAGCAGCGGAAAACCUAUACAAGCACUGGAGACACCACCCAGGCGCCCGGGCAGAGGUCGAGGCCGCGGUCGCGAAGAAGGAAAGUUUGCGCAUCGCCGGGACGACGUUCUCUUUCGAACAGUGCCAAUUUGUACUGCGCGAAAUCGACAAGAAGGAGGGAAAAAUGUUGGAGAACUAGUGUGAUGUAUGCCUAAUUCCAUCCCUAUGGUUUUAUCCCUUUGCCAAAAAAAAAAACUACAUUUAUUAAUCAGUGCCUUUGUUCUUCUACGCUAGUUUUGUCGCUUUUUUUUGUACAUCUUUUUGUCCUCGCCGGAAUACGAAUAGGAAUUCAUUUUCUCCGACUUGCAGACGGCGCUGCAUAUUGUUUGCAAUGUACGUGUCAUGUAGAUCUAGAUUGUUCUUCGUCGAAUACCGAUAUCACCGUCCCGAUGAUAUACUUAUUCCAGAAUAGCGGAACAGUAACGACAAAAAGACCCAUCAAGUUUGAAGGCGAUUUUUGGGAUCUAGUUCGCAGUCUCAGCACACGUCAGCCAGAACUCCAGUGACGACCACCAGCAACUGCUAGAUGGCCUGCAACAGUUCAAAAAAUAGUUGUUCCCAGGACCCGUUGAAGGUGGUUAUCGUUCAACAGAAACAAAGGAAAAAAGAUCCAGUUUUAUUUCGCUUUUAGAAU